UCAUGGCGGAGCCGCCUGUGCCCAACCUGCAAGGUACCGCGGGGCGCGGGCUCUCCCCGCCCGGUACGCGCCGCCCGGCUGUGCGUCACGCCCCGCUCUCCCCCUGUGUUGCAGGGCUGGUGCGGGAGCUGCUGAGGGAGGAGGCGCCGUUGCGCAUCGCGGCGCUCACCGAGGAGCUGUUCCUGGCGGCGCGGAGCCUGCCUGAGGAGGCCGGGGGGGCGGCGCAGGGAGAGCCCCCCGCUCCGGGCCCGCCUGAGGGAGCGGCGGGUGCGUGUGCCUCGCCCCCCGCGGGCCUCGCCCAGGUGGAAGAGGCUGCAGUCAGCCUGUGGAACUGGGCAGUGGCCAAACACACGGGUGCUGUUGUCAACGAUGAGCAAAAAGCCAAACUGCGGUUCGUUGCUUGCAGACUGAUCCGCCUUUGUGAGGGCCCCGACCCUGCCGAGGGAACCAUCCGAAGGCAGAUUUUGAUGUCUAUGAAAACUGGGAAAGGAUGGAUAGACGUUGGAAAAGCUGACCUUGCUGAUGGAUUUCUAGAGAAUGCCAUGAGUAACAUAGAGAAGCUGUAUGCAAAGCUACGCAAGGGGAGCGAUGGUGAAGCAGAUAUUCAAGAGCACAGAGCUGAUGUGGAGAACAACCUUUUCAAAGUACUCUCUUAUCAAGCUGAAUCAGCGGUUGCUCAGGGGGAUUUUCAGAAGGCAAUGGUGUGUGUGCAGCGCUGCAAAGACAUUGUGAUGAAAUUGCCAAAAGAAACCUGUUACCUGUCAAUCCUCUGUUACAAUUUUGGAGUGGAAACCUAUGAAUGCAAGAGGUAUGAAGAGAGCUCCUUCUGGCUCAGCCAGAGUUAUGACAUUGGGAAGAUGGACAUGAAAUAUUCUAUUGGCAAAGAAAUGCAGGCUAAAGUGCUGCGUUUGUUGGCCACAACCUAUUUCGAGUGGGAUUGCACUCUGCACCUUGACAGGGCUCUGAAAGCCAUAAACUUGGCAAAUCAGGAGAAUACACAUCCAGCAGGGUUUUUCUUGAAAGUUAAAAUUCUUCUGAAAAGUGGAGCGUCAGAUGAAGAGAUCAAAGCAGCUCUUGCAGAAUUCCUGCACUUGGAGAUGUCUUUGGACUUCUGUUUGAAUACUGCCAAACUGCUGCUGGAGCACGGAAGGGAAUCAGUUGGUCUUGAUUUUCUGAAAUCUGUUCCUGAGCGAUUUGAAUCUUCACCUGACCUUGGAAGAAUUACCCUGCUCCACAUCGAGUUCCUGUUGCAGAAUAAGAGGGAGCUGCUUGCUAAGCAAAAGAUUGAAGAAAUUAUUAUAGGUCAUUAUACUGGGAAACAGCUGUUGCCUGAAACCUUGAAUCAGCUGCACAUCAUCUUGUGGGACAGAGCUGCCAAACAUUAUGAGGAGAAAAGCUAUUCUGAAGCCCUUCACUGGUACAAUUACUCUGUCAGCUUCUACACACCCAGGCAGAUAGAUCAGAACUUGGCCAAGCUGCAGAGGAACAUGGCUUCUUGCUAUUUUCAUCUGAAACAAGUCGACAAGGCUAAAGAGGCAGUUAGAGAAGCAGAGAGGUGUGAUCCAAACAGCAUCUUUACCAAAUUCAGUGUCUAUAAGAUUGCAGUGAUGGAGAACGACAUUAAUAAAGCUGUGGAGGCAGUGGUUGAGAUGGGCAAGCUGGCAGAAAAGACAUCACAAGGUGAAGACAAGCUGGGAGUGGAUAAAAAUACAGGCACUAACCUCUUGAGUUUGGCUGCCCAAAUUGCAUUAGAGAAUGACCAGCAAAGUGUGGCCAUCAAAGCUUUGGAGUAUUUGUCUGAACAUUUACAAGACUACCAGCAAUUAUUUGCAGCCUUAAAGUGUUUGGUUCGUCUGCUGUUAUCGAAAGUCAUGGCAGAAAAGGAAGAGAAAAGAGAUGAAGAUAUCGAUUCAAUACUGAAUUACUUGAACUUGGCUCACAAGAGACUUGCUGAGUCUUUCACAGAAGAGAAAUUUUCAGGGGACAUGAGGAUCCUUGAAGCUCACUGGUUUAGAAAAGUUGCUUGGAACUUAGCUGUGCAGUUCAAGGACAGCCCUGGAAAGAUGAGGGGCUUUUUUGUACUGUCUUUCAAGUUCUCCCAGUUUUGUCCCUCUGACAAAGCUGUUCUAAUUGCUCAGAAGACGUGCCUGUUAAUGGCAGCUGCAGUGGAUCUGGAAAUGGGGAGGCAGCAGGUGACACCUUCAGAACAGGUGGAGCUUUUUAGCCAGGCCCUUCAACAUCUUCAGACGUGCAAGGAGAUCUGGAAGGUGCUCAAAUUAACAGGAGAUUUUGCUAAAGACCCAACAGACACAUUGUUGCUGCUUUAUGAAUUUGAAGCCAGGUCCAAACUGAAUGAUCCAUCACUUCACAACUUCAUGGAGUCGGUUUGGGAGCAACCACAAAUAGAGACCAAGACACUUGAAAUCAUUGCAUCAUUAGCAAUGGAAUCCCCAGCUCGGUAUCCUGUGCUGUGUAAGAAAGCUCUCAGGAGUGCACUGAACCUUCACAGAAAGCAGACUGUCAUUGAUGCUGUGAAAUUUAGCAAAUGCUUACACAGCUUGAUUAACAUUUCUUUGCCGAGUGGAUUAACAGACUUGGAGACCUCUGUCCUGCAGGAGGUGUGGGACUACUUUGAAGAUGCUCUGAGUGUAGUCAGCAGCACAAAUGCUUACCCAGAGAUGGAGAUCCUUUGGUUGAUGACCAGAGCCUGGAAUACAGGAAUAUUUCAGUACACUGUGGGUAAAUACAAGGAAGCUGAGCAGUGGUGUGGGCUGGGAAUGCGUUUCCUCAAUCACCUGGGAUCCCUGAAGAAGAGCUAUGAGGGCCAUAUGAUUGGUCUUUAUAGUGAAGUCCUGGACAAACUGGACAGAGCAAAAGGAUUUAUUCCAAGUGAAGAAUAAUGAGAGCCACAACUGCAAAAAAAAGGGACAGCAGUCUCUCCUGGAAAUAUUCUGCUGAAUGAAAGAGCCAUUAGCUCUGCAAAGGCAUGAGGUCCUGGGAGCAGUGGAAAAGAAACCAGGAUCCCCCCUUCAUGUUGGCAAAGAAGUUAUGUACUUUUUUGGAAGUGUUUAUUCAAUAAAUGUAAUUGUUUCCCUCUAGGGAAUAAUUUUCAUUCUCCUGAGCUAUUUAACAGUUAGAAAUAAAUAUUUAACAGUUAGAAAUAAAUAUUUAACUUUUUCAUGAGCUGCGUCUGCUGUUGUGUAACAGGCUGG